AUGGUUGCCCAAGACGUAAAACUUGAGCACGAUCGUAGACAGAACAUGUUUGGGCAAAAUCCAAAUUUUGCGACGUCGUCUGUUUGGCCUCAACAGAGUUCUGUGCAAAGUUCAGGAGCAUCCUUGGCAGUUCAACCUGCAGUCAUUGAAAGUGGCUCGUUUUUAAAUGCUCAACUCCAAGAAUCCACUGAUGCUUAUUCCUCAAACAUGUCUUUCUCUAAUAAGUAUCCUCUUUUUAUUUUUCUUAACUUAUUUAAAUUGAAAAUGGAUUUUUCCUGCAGUUCCGGCCUGCCUACUCAAGGACAAAUGCGCUUUCAUAUAGCUGAUCAUAUUCCUUCCACUUCUUCUCAAAAUACUGUGUCAGACAGUAGUAUCGUCACACAUCAUCAUCAACCUUGUACGGUGAGCAUCGUUCAAAACCACUCUACGCAACAUGAAUCUUCUACUUCUCCACUGAGGAAGUUAAGCAUUGAUUUAAUCAAGACCUACAAAGGCAUUAAUGAGAGUUAUUAUGCGCGAAAGGCGAAAAGACGGCAUGAACAAGAGCAGCAUAAUCCUCACGGACUCCAUCCAGCUCCUUUGUCUGAGCAUCAUCAUGCUGCUCCGCCACCUAAACAACCUAUUUCACUGAACCAGCAGGUUGUUACAAAUUUAAUGCAACAAGAUCAUUCUCACCACAUACAGCAGCACUCGUUGUUUUCGCUGGAUCCUACUGUCUCUACACUCUCUCACCAGUUAAGAACGCAGUUAAUGCAGGUCGUUGAAAACCCUUGCUUGGGAACUCAAAAUGAUGGCUAUGACGAUGAAAACCAUGACUACAUCAUCCAUAUCGGUGAACUGUUCAACAAUAGAUAUCAGAUAGCAUGUCAUCUCGGAAAAGGUUCAUUUGGACAAGUUGCUCGGGCAUAUGACACUCUGGAACAACAAGAUGUUGCUAUAAAGAUCAUAAAAAAUAAGAAGCCAUUUUAUGAUCAGGCCCAAAUUGAGAUUCAGUUGCUGGAAAUGAUGAAUAGUCAUGAAUCUGAAAGUAGACACUAUGUUGUGAAAUUAAAGACUCACUUCAUGUGGCGUAAUCAUUUGUGCCUUGUUUUUGAGCUUCUUUCAUACAACCUGUAUGAUUUAUUAAGAAAUACGGAUUUUCAUGGUGUGUCUCUUAAUCUGACAAGAAAAUUUGGACAGCAGUUAGCCAAUACAUUGUUAUUUCUUUCAUCGCCACAGCUGAGCAUUAUUCACUGCGAUUUAAAACCUGAAAAUGUUUUACUGUGUAAUCCAAAGCGUUCCGCAAUCAAAAUAAUUGAUUUUGGCUCAUCAUGUCAGCUUGGCCGUAGAAUCUAUCAAUACAUACAAUCAAGAUUUUAUCGCUCACCUGAAAUCCUACUAGGGUUGCAGUAUGAUUCUGCCAUUGAUAUGUGGUCUUUGGGAUGUAUAUUGGUUGAAAUGCAUACUGGUGAGGCGUUGUUUGCUGGUACCUGUGAGCAUGAUCAAAUGAUGCGUAUAAUAGAAGUAUUGGGUAUGCCUCCACGACAUAUGAUUGAAGCAGCAUCGCCUCAAAAAAGGAACAAAUUUUUUGAAAAAAACGAAGGUUAUUAA